AUGCCCGAUUACCCUUCAACCGAUCAAUUUAACCGCAGCAUCGCGGCUGUCUCUGAAGGCAGCAAAAUGUCUCUCGCAGCAAAUGCUUACGACUACUACAGGAGCAACCCUUCCUCAAUUCCAAGAUUUCUGCCCGUCCCUACGAUCAUCACAGUCCACGAGGGUGAGACCGCGCACCUCCGAUGUAGAAUUCAUAAUCUCGGCCCGAAAUUUGUCUUUUGGCGGAAAGCUGAUGAGGAAUCACCUCUUACUCUCGGCAAGACGACCUUCACCCCUGACAAAGACAUCGAGGUCCAGAUUGAAGAAAUCAACCCGCAGGAUGUCGAGAACGAGGAGAGCAGAUACGACCUGAUCAUCAAGAACGUAUCUAAGGACCAAGAAGGCACAUACGCGUGUCAAAUCAGCGCAACAAAUAACUACACGUUCAAUAUAACAUUAAACGUUUUAGAGCCGAUUAAAUAUAUACAAGAGCUUGAAUUGACUGGGACAGAGUACGUUAGCCUAAUGGAAGACAUUCGACUAGUCUGCAACGCCACUGGUGCUUUACAAGCCCCGGAUGCUGUGGACUGGUUUUUCGAUGGGGACCCAAUUAGCGAAAUAAAGCCCGGGCGCGUACUGCAAUUUAACCGGAAACCAAUGACUGGAAGGUCAUUGAUAAGUGAACUGGUGAUCAAAAACGUGACCACUGAUGACAGAGGGCAUUACGUAUGUCGGUUGACGAAAACGCUUGCACAGGGGUUUAAAGUCCACGUUCUAAAUGACAAAAAGAAUCAUAAAGAUCCAAAACGAGAUAUGAAAACGAAGAGGUAUUCAUAUAAUACAGAUCAUGUCCCUUCAGACGCGUUGGAAUCACAUGGUAAAAAUGACGCAAUUGCAGUUUAUUGGAGCACUAGUUUGCAAACGACACUUACGACAGCAACAUUAUUUUGGACGAUAGCCUCAUCAUAGCAAUAGUUUUCCCAGAUCUUCAUUUAAAAAUGAAGAUAUAUGUUAGACCAGAAUGCGGAUAAAUAUUGGUAUAACUGUGUUCGAAAUAGAGAGUUGAUGACUCUAUGAAUAGCGAUAUUAAUUUUUUGUAGGGAACAAUUGCUAUGAUUUACACUUAAUAUUUAACUAGAGUAGAAACACAUGUAUGCUAAAUAACGGGCAAAAAUGAAGGUCUGUUUUACACACACGUCACAGAAAUUUACAGGUAAUUAGAUGGAUAUAUUGAGUUAAUUUACAAAAAUUUGAACAUAUAUGAUUUUGGCGAAUGCCUAGCGCAAUACAGCCAUUUUUCAGCGUGUUUACAAUACCUUUUUAUAUGUUAUGUAGCCUUUAAUCAUUUGUUUCUUAGAACACAAAAAUAGAACAUGGAUGUAUAUCAUCAUGUUAACUUAAUGUUCACCUUCAUAUCUGUAAAUUUGUUUUAAAAAAUGCGCCGUUACCAUAUGGCAAUUUCAAUCAACAUUUGAGACAAUUUAUCUGUGACAACAGCCAUUAAUAAAUUUACAAUUAUUAUGUUGUUUUUAUGUUGACGAUUUACGACCUAUUAGUAAAAAGCAAUUUCCACAAAUUGCUCAAAUUUUGUACUGAUUUGACAUCAUUACAAUAUAUUUAUUUCAUUCAUGUUUUUCUAAUUUAAAGUUAUUGGUCUAAAGGCAACGAAUGAUUAGUACUAACAAGUAGUUAUGCUUAAUAUAAACCAUAAUUAAACAGGUACGUCCAAUAUUAAAUUUGUUCUUUCUAUUGCUAUUAAAAAUUCUAAAAUAAUUGUCGAAUUCCGAUGUCUUUUAUACGUUUUGUUUAAACGAAUAUGAUCACAUUUAGUUACUAGUUAUUAUUGUUUUGUAUAUUUUUACGAUUGUUGUAAAUACGGGUUCAGAGUGAUACAAACGUAAGUGACUACUGUUGUUAACAAGAAUGAAAAGCAUACGAAUAUAUCAUAUAUAUAUAUAUAGUCACCUCAUUAUUUAUUUUGUUGUUAUUUAUUAAUUUUGUACUGAUUUGACAUCAUUGCAAGAUAAUUGUUUCAUUCAUGUUUUUCUAAUUAAAAGUUAUUGGUCUAAAGGCAACGAAUGGUUAGUACUAACUAGUAUGUAUGCUAAAAAUAAACCAUAAUUAAACUGGUACGUCCAAUAUUGAAUUUGGUCUUUCUAUUGCUAUUAAAAAUUCUAAAAUAAUUGUCGAAUAUCGAUGUCUUUUGUACGUUUUGUUUAAACGAUUAUGAUCACAUUUAGUUAUUAUUGUUUUGUCUAUUUUUUACGAGUUUUGUAAAUACGGGUUCAGAGUGAUACAAACGUAAGUGACUACUGUUGUAAAGAAUUAUCAAAAGCAUACUAAUGUAUGAU